UUCCAUUAGUCUGAUACCUUUUAUUGAUGAAAAGUAUUCAUUAUAAAUUUCUUGCUUGCCUUGUAGUAUAAUGGGUGCUGCAACUACAAUUCUAUUUGUUUUCAUUGGCUGUUGCAGCAAUGUGUUUUUCUUGGAGCUUCUUGUCAAAGCUGAACCAUCCAGUGGGACACUCAUCACAUUUUCCCAGUUUGUCUUCAUAGCUGUUAUGGGCUUUAUCUUCACAAUGGAUUUUGGCCGCAAGAAGAAUGUUAUACCCAUCAAAGAGUAUCUUUUAUUGGUUUUCUUCUUCUUCAUCGUUAAUGUCAGCAACAACUUGGCCUUCAGUUUCAAAAUUUCCAUGCCACUUCACAUGAUUUUCAGGAGCGGAGGACUUAUAGCCAACCUGAUCAUGGCCAUGAUCGUGCUGGGUCGACGCUACACCUUCAGCAAAUAUUUCUCUGUGGUUCUCAUCACGGCAGGCACCAUCAUGUGCACUAUUGCCUCAUCCGGGGAAGCUCAAGAAGAAGGGGCCACAGACACAGAGAACGAAGAGAACCUCGUGACGUGGGUGCUGGGGAUCGUGCUGCUCACAUUCGCGCUCUUCAUGUCUGCCAGGAUGGGCAUCUUCCAAGAGGUCCUAUACAAAACUCACGGAAAACAUCCAAGAGAAGCUCUCUUCUUCAUUCACUUAUUAUCACUGCCGGGAUUUCUACUGUCAGCAAAUGACAUCAUCAAAUUCAUAAAAGUUUUCUCACUGUCUGCGCCCCUGCCAGCGUUGUCAGCAGUACCGAUACUGUCGGCCGUGCCUAGACUCUACCUCUACUUAGCUGGCAACACUCUUACGCAAUACGUAUGUAUCAGCUCAGUGUUCUCGCUGACAUCACAAGUCAGCUCACUACACGUCACCCUGGUGCUGACGCUGCGCAAGUUCAGUUCCCUCAUCUUCUCUAUUUUCUAUUUCGGUAACACGUUUACCCUCACCCACUGGGUGGGCACGACCCUCGUGUUCGGAGGUACCCUCAUCUUCACUAACGUCAUCAGUUUACCUUGGGAUGAAGUCGAGCAAGUUGAGCAGAAAAAGAAAGACUGAUUAAAUGAUUAUUUUUUGGUAGUAUCCAAUAUGGCAUUAAAAAUUGACCGCAAUAGUAAAGCAAAUUUGUUUAGCUGUGGUAUAAAAUAUUAAGUAGAAACAUGAUUUACUUAGAUGAUUUUGGUUAAAUAUUCAUUAGGUAAAGUUGAGUCUUCAGCAACGUCAUCCAUUUGCUCUCUGAUAAACUAUUAAUAAAUGAAGCAUCGCGUUGAGGAAGUAUCAAUAAUCCAGAGACUGUAAGCUGCACUACAUUUUCAUUUAUUGUGAAUCUUGAAAUGGCCUAUACAUUUAGUGGAAAUAGGUCUUACACUUCACAAAAACCACGCGCAUUGCCCGUGUUUGAAUUUUUUGUAGCACGUUUUAUUAUAUCUAGAUUUUUUCAGCAUGAUAUUAUCCAAGCGGUGACUAUAUAUCAAAUGAUUGUAGCAAGAGAUGACAUUUUUUGCGAUAAUGACUUUUGUGUUGAAGAAAUGCGCGUAACUUACCUCUAGAAAAGACAGCGUUAAGAGGUUGUUCAAUAAGAAAUUGACCACAAAUGGCUGUUUAAUAUUACUGCUCUGUUUGGCCAGUUCGUUGAUUUUGAUAGUUUCUAUAUCACGAAUACGCUACUGGAAGUGUAGUAUUUCCUUUGUCAUUACAGUCCCAUUGUUUUGUAUUGCGUAUUUUGGUGUUGCACAAUGCAAAUUAUAAAAGAAACAAUCCUAGUUCAAGUGCCAGGUAAUAUAUAUUUUUGAUGUUAAUAUAACUUAAGAUUUGCACCGCCCAAAGAACUCUACAGCUGUCAGAACUUAUGCCUCUGUCAUGAUUUUUUUUAUUAGUUUUGUCCAUCGAUUUUGAUCGCCAUAAGGACGUUAUAUAUUGUGUCUGUCUCCUUAUAACUAAAAUUAGUUUGAAAGAAAUUCUCACCAUGAAAAACACCAGAUGAUAGCAAAUACGCAAAUGCGUUAAUCAUUUCCAUGAAUACUGAAAUGAAAGGAAAUGACCAUUGACAUUGAUUCUCUAGCAAACAACUUUAUAUCAAAAUACUUUUUCCUGGUCACGUUGCCCCAGUAUUAUUUAUUCUUCAGCACCUGUCACCUUUUGAUGUAAUUAUUUAUUUACUACCUGUUCAAGAUAUGAAUUUUUACGCUUAAAACUGGUAUUUACGUUUAUAUUUUAUCUCCUCAUCGGAAUAUCUACAUUCCAUGCUUUAGAAUUGAAACUUCUGCUGUGGCAAUCUGUACAUUAUGGCUUUCUGUACACUUCUCUGUUGAGACCUGAAAACUGAACUGCCUGCCAUGCCAGAUACCUUCUUUACUAUGUACUGUACACUGCACAGCACAGUACUUUUAUUAUGAUACUACAUGUUAUGCAGAUACUGUACAUUAUUCGUCUGCACAUAUCCUGUACUUAGUUCAUGAUGCUAUACUGCAUUCGUGAUACUGCUCUGCAUUGAUUAUACUGCACUGCAUUCAUGAUGCUGUACUUCGUUAAUGAUACCGUAUUACACUGUAUUCAUAUACAGUACUCAUGAUACUGCACUGUAUUCUGAUACUGUAUUCAUAACUGUAUUUCAGACACUGUACCCAGGAUACUGAACGCUUCAUAUAUCACAAUUGCGUUGUCAAUAAUCUCUAAGUUGAGCACUAAAAUGACGUCUGCGCAUCACAUAACAAUGUUACUUAAACUCAGGGUUUUUUUAACUAUUAAUUCAUUCCUGUUGUAUGCAAGAUUGUUGAUAAUUCCAUUUUUUCUGCAUUUUUUCAGCGGUAAAUUAUUCAUUUAUUUCAUUUAAACUUGGUUUCUGUUGACCUUUUUUAUCCCUAUUUUGAACUUUCAUUAUUGGCUUGAGGUCAUGUGUGUAUUUUUACAUAUCAUUUGCACUAAUGAAUAAUUUUAAAUGCUUCCAUAAUAGUUUUCAUUUUUCAUGUUUGAUAAUUGUUUUUUCGUGCAUGCAGCUUUGCAAACAAAUUGAUAUUUUUUUCUUUUGUGCCAUAUCAUUUCAGAAACGCUAAUUAGUUUGCUUGUUUGAAUAUCAUAAAAGCCAUAUUACAUAAAGCCAAAUGAUGCUCCAAUAUUAUUCAAUAUAUUUGAAGAUUCCUGAAUGGUACUGUGAUAUGUACAAGUACAUUUUUAUGAAAUAUUAUAGCCUAUCCUUAUGCUUGGAAUAUUUUCUCGAGGUAUUUUUUUGCGCACAAGUUAUUUUAUUUGAAAAUAUUGUCUUAUAUUCACACAUGGUGGUAUAUUGCUUCUUCAGUUACUUGGGAAUUGUGUUCUCUUCGGCAUUAAAAUGACGUCAUUAUUGUCAUGUGUAUCUUGAUCAUAUAAAGUGUACGUAUCUGAAUGCAGUUAACGAGUUUUGUGAACUCUACCUCGUUCCUCAUUACCAUUUACUAUUUCUUAAAUUGCCGUGUUUUUUUUCUCAUUUUUCUUCAUCUCCUGUACCGUUAAGUGUCUAAUGCUAUUUUUUGUUCUUAUUUAAUUAUUUAUGUAAUACUAAAAAGUUUUCUGUUGAAAAUGAAAAUAGUAUUAAAGAAAGACAUUAGGUAAUCUAGGUUUGCUUUACCGUCUGAACCUAAAAGUUUAUCUAUGUCCUGAAAGUUACUAAGACUUUUGUUAAGUUUUUAUUGACAGAAAAAGACCAUUCUUGACUAAAGUUUGUGCUUUUCCUAUAAGGUGCACUUCUUCGUAAUAUUUAAUGAGUUUAAAUGCAUUGUUUCAAAACCUGAUAGUUGAAUAGGGACUUUAUAGUAGAAGAUCAAUGAUUUUUUUCUACUUGUGUUACAUUAUUUGUACUCGUGUUAUGUUCAGCUUUGAAGAAUUGGGUGUUUUCAAUAGUCUAAUAAUAAAUGUCUAUUUAUAUAUUUUCGUGGUGAACAGGGUAAGUUUUUUAUAAUUUAUUUUAAUGUACUUAAUUGAAGUUUUGUCAUCUUCAUCACUGGUCUUCAUCAAAGUGGUGUCUUCAUCACUGGUCUUCAUCAAAGUGGUGUCUUCAUCACUGGUCUUCAUCAAAGUGGUGUCUUCAUUACUGGUCUUCAUCAAAGUGGUGUCUUCAUCACUGGUCUUCAUCAAAGUGGUGUCUUCAUCACUGGUCUUCAUCAAAGUGGUGUCUUCAUUACUGGUCUUCAUCAAUGUGGUGUCUUGAUCACUGGUCUUCAUCAAUGUGGUGUCUUCAUUACGGGUCUUCAUCAAUGUGGUGUCUUGAUCACUGGUCUUCAUCAAUGUGGUGUCUUCAUUACUGGUCUUCAUCAAUGUGGUGUCUUGAUCACUGGUCUUCAUCAAUGUGGUGUCUUGAUCACUGGUCUUCAUCAGUGUUGUCGUCUUCAUCAUUAUUCAUCAAAGUGGUGUUAGCUGUGCUUCGGCAUGUUGAAUUUUCACUCCUCUCUGGAUUUGCGAAUUUAAGGGGAGCGUCUUGGUCUGAAAAAAACUUAUUUAUUUACGG